CUCGCACGCACACAGUCAUGUGAUUUCCAGUAAAUGCAAAGAGGAGCCAGGAAAGUGAAGUAAACUGGUCCCGAGCAGAUAGGACGAAGGUGAAGUCAGAGUUCGAACAGAACAGAACAGAAAAGAACUCAACGACUUCUUGGGAACAUAUAGGAACACAAGGAGUACCUCCUCCCUGGAUUUCCUCCUGAAGAGAACCAUGGAGAAAUCCCUCACCAGUACUAAUGGUCAUCUGGACCUGUUUGUUCGCUUCCUUCAUGGCCUCAGUCUGGAGUCCAACCAGAGAGUCUUAGGAGGCCUGCUGGGUCGGACAGAGAACAAUCCAAAGAUCAUCCAGAGAGUCAUCAACAAGCUGAAGGAGAUGAAGAGUGAUGACAUUUCUCCUGACAGAAGCAUCAACAUCUUCCACUGUCUGACUGAGAUGAACGACCACUCAGUUCAUCAGCAGAUGCAACAUUUCCUUAUUUCAAAGAACAAAUCAGAGGAGAAACUCUCUGUGAUCCACUGCUCAGCUCUGGCCUACAUGCUGCAGAUGUCAGAGGAGGUUCUGGAUGAGUUGGACCUGGAUAAGUUCAACACUUCAGACCAGGGUCGACGGAGACUGAUCCCAGCUGUGAGGAACUGCAGGAAGGCUCGACUAAGUGGUUGUGGACUCUCAGAGACUCACUGUGAAGUUGUGGCCUCAGCUCUGAAGUCAGACCCCUCACAUCUGAGAGAACUGGAUCUUAGUGAAAACGAGCUGCAGGAUUCAGGAGUGAAGCUGCUGUGUUCUGGACUGGAGAGUCCAAACUGUCGACUGGAGACUCUGAGGUUGAAGGACUGCAGACUGUCAGAUAUCAGCUGUUCUUCUCUGGCUUCAGCUCUGAGGUCAAACCCCUCUAAUCUGAGAGAACUAGAUCUGAGUCUAAACAACCUGCAGGACUCAGGAGUGAAGGAGCUGUGUGGUUUUCUACAGAGUCCAACCUGUCGACUGGAGACUCUGAGGUUGAAUCUCUGUAGUCUGUCAGAGAUCAGCUGUUCUUCUCUGGCUUCAGCUCUGAAGUCAAACCCCUCUCAUCUGAGAGAACUGGAUCUGAGUGACAAUGACCAGCAGGACUCAGCAUUGAAGGAGCUGUGUGGUUCUCUACAGAGUCCAACCUGUCGACUGGAGACUCUAAGGUUGCUUCGCUGCAAUCUGUCAUGGAUCAGUUGUUCUUCUCUGGCUUCAGCGCUGAGGUCAAACCCCUCUCAUCUGAGAGAACUGGAUCUGAGAGGAAACGACCUUCAGGACUCUGGAGUGAAGGAGCUGCUUUAUUUGGAGCAGAGUCCAGACUGUCGACUAGAGACUUUGAGGUGGUGGACAGUGUGAAGAGGUCAGUGUGUGUGGACGGAGGCUGAGCUGUGUCCUGAUGAUCCAGAGGCUGAAGCAGCAGCAGCUUGUGUGUAGUCUCCAAACUACACAACCCCUAAUCUGCAUGUGUUUGUGAGAUGAAGCUGGAGCACCUGGAGAAAACACGGGGAGAACAUGCAGACUCCACACAGGAAGACCCCAUCUGAGCCAGAUUCAAACCAGCAACCUUCUUGCUCCGAUUGUGUUUAUUCACAUGAAGAAUUACAUGUUUAUUGAAAUGACACAACACAAGCAGAAUAUAUAAACCCUCUAUAAAGAGUCACUUAUAGUGUAUUUAAGUUUGUCUUUAUUUUUUUGUACCUUUUUCCUUCAGUAUGUCUCCAUGUGUGUAUAACCACAUUCUGUGUAUAGGUUUGUUUAUUCACGUCACAAAUUGAUUUAGUUCAACACAAAGUUAAACACAUUGAAAUCACUUAGAGUUCAAAAUCAGAGUUUUUUUUUUGACACAAAAGAUCAAAACUUUAAAAAUGGGACGUUUUCAUUUCUGCAUCAGGUGCCGAGCGGUGGUUGCUUUUCUAAUUUUUAACCCACAGGUGGCGCUGUAGUAUAACAGAAGCACAUCCCAGUCAAAGCCUUUAUAUUCAGUCUAUGAGUCAAACACAUGGUUAAUUUCCUCUCUGACAAACCAGAUGUAACGAGAAGAAAAACAUCUCAGAGAGAAAAGUUCUGUUUCUACUUGUCUUUGCUUUAAUGCUCAAUAAAAAUCCUUCCACCGA